AUGACUGACAACAACAUCGACCAAGAAACACCAAGCGAGGAGUUUACAAUGGACAUCGAACGGCCGUCCCCUCCCACCACUCCUGCAGCAAUCACUCAUCAUCGAGUGGAUAGCAGCACUGACUUGCCAGUCCCUGCUCCUCCAGGCGCCAGUCCAGAAACGAUUAUUGACGUGCCUCCGCCCAUCCCUGAAGAUAAACCUUUGGAGAUUGCCAGCAGCCCAGUGCGUCCUUCGACAAUGCCUCCACCAAUGACUCCAGAUCCCUCGAAAAAGCCGCCGCCGCCGACUCCAGACACCGUUGCGUCGACAGAAGACGAAGAAUCCAAAGAAGAUGGCCAGUCUUCAAAGUUUUACGAGGAGGAAUUAGGAGGCGGAGGUGCUAUUGUUGACACUUCAAAUGUGGUUGUUCAAGAGAAUAAAAAGAAGCGAUGUGCUUUCUUCACAACGACUUGUGGAAUGAUUGCUUCAUUGAUUACACUGCUGGUCAUUAUUGCAUUGAUUACGGCAUUCGUCUUUCUUUUUAAACAAGGAAAUGACGAUACUGUUCCUCGCUCUCAGUUUAAUGAUGUUUCUACUCUCCGGCCAACAGUGUCUGGUCUGUUGGAAACAAUGAUGCCCGCAGUAACAACGUCUGGUCCACCAACCCAAGCACCAACCCAAGCACCAACACGUUUUACUGAUCCAACUCUUUCCCCCACAGGGCUGGUCGUCACCCCGAUUCCACCCUUCAUUGGUCAAACGCCAACACCCACAGGAGUGGCUGUCACAGUGCGCCCGACCAACCCCCCCACGCAAAAACCAACUCCAGGCCCAACCGUGGUUGCCGAACCGGGUUUGACAAAUCGCCCCACGCAAAGACCAAUCCCAGGCCCAACACCCAACCCAACAUCUAGACCAACUCCUGGCCCAACACCCAACCCAACAUCUAGACCAACUCCUGGCCCAACCCCGCGACCGACUCCUAUCGCAACUCCCGCUACCACGACCAAUCGCCCUACGCAACGACCGACUCCUGGCCCUACUCCAAACCCAACACCUGCCGUGACGCCCUCGACCACCACCAAUCGUCCUACGCAAAGACUAACUCCUGUCCCCACCCCGAGACCAACUCCAUUGGUUACCAACCCAGCCCCUACUCCCUCCUCAAGUAAUAGGUUUCAAGACACUAUUGUCGAUUUCUUGUUCCAAGACAGCAAUGGCAUCAACGCUGCAACUGCUGAUAGUGCAUCCGUACAAAAGGCUGUGGAAUGGUUGGGGAACGAAGCCAAUGCAGCCCAAUCCAUUCCCUUUCCAUUGGACCGAAAAUACCUACAACGAUUUGGUAUUCUCAUUCUCUACUUUUCGGUCAAUCCGAAUGUUCAGACUACCAACUCGGACAAUGCACUCCUGCCCAAUAGGGACAUGCGGAAUCAAGACUCAUGCUCUUGGACCGGCAUGAGAUGCAAUGAAAAUGGCAUGUUGACCAGAAUCAGACUCGCGAAGCGGCAAUUCGACGGGAGACUUCCGGUCGUAUGGGGGUUCUUUCCAAAACUAAGGACGAUUGAUCUUUCCAAAAACAAGCUAAAAGGAAGCAUUCCCGCGGAUCUUUUUGAAAAUGCCUUGGAAUUGGAAGAGCUGUACUUGUACAAGAAUCAAUUGAGUGGUAGCAUCAGUCCCAAGAUUGGCAACUUGUGGUUAUUGCGAAGAUUUCAUUUGAGUCACAACAGCUUGACAGGAUCUAUUCCAAAAGAAAUCGCUUCUACUGCUGACAAGGCUCGGCUACUUCGCUACUUUAAUGUUCAUCGCAAUCAAAUGACAGGUACCAUUCCGUCCAACAUGCGGUUGCGCCAAUUGUUUUCCUUUGACUUGGGAAACAAUGCUUUCAGUGGGACUUUGCCUCCAGACUUUGGGACCGAGUCGGUCCGGUUGAGGCACCUUUAUUUGGACUACAAUGGAUUCAGUGGGACCUUUCCUUCCGAGGUCCUCAACGCUGGUGACGGGCGUCUCAUCACAUUAUUUAUAAACAAUAACGAGUUCACUGGAACCUUUCCUGGAGACCACAAGAGCACAACUGCCAUCGCCGAAAUGACAAUUCAAAAGAACAACUUUGCUUCGAUGACAAGGAAUGCCACAUGUGAACUGGAUGUCUUUUCGGGUGGGGAGCUCGUCGAAUUCAAAUCGAAUUGUCUGGUUUGUCGAUGCGGAGUCGGGAUGAUGUGCCGACACUGCAUAUUGUAA